GACCUUUUGAGCAGCACUCCUUAAUCUGAAUAUUUCACUUUCUUAUCUUUAACUUCUGAAAGAUGGCAGGCAUAUCCUUUGGACGCUUUGAUGAUUCUUUCAACUCGAUCUCCAUUAAGGCCUAUAUUGCUGAGUUCAUCUCCACAUUGCUCUUUGUUUUUGCUGGUGUUGGCUCAGCCAUAGCCUAUGGGAAGUUGACAUCAGAUGCAGCUCUUGAUCCUGCUGGUUUGGUAGCCAUUGCAGUAUGCCAUGGUUUUGCUCUUUUUGUAGCUGUCUCUGUUGGUGCCAACAUUUCAGGUGGUCAUGUCAACCCAGCUGUCACCUUUGGAUUGGCUCUUGGUGGCCAGAUCACCAUCCUCACUGGUAUCUUCUAUUGGAUUGCUCAGCUUCUUGGCUCCAUUGUGGCAUGCUUACUGCUCAAGUUCGUCACUGGAGCCUUGACGAUCCCCAUCCACAGUGUAGCUGCAGGAGUUGGAGCUGCUGAAGGAGUAGUGAUGGAGAUCAUCAUCACAUUCGCAUUGGUCUACACAGUGUACGCCACAGCAGCCGACCCCAAGAAGGGCUCAUUGGGCACAAUCGCACCCAUAGCCAUCGGAUUCAUCGUGGGAGCCAACAUCUUGGCAGCCGGACCAUUCUCCGGUGGGUCAAUGAACCCUGCUCGCUCCUUUGGCCCCGCAGUAGUGAGCGGCGACUUCCACGGCAACUGGAUCUACUGGGUUGGACCCUUGGUCGGCGGUGGCCUCGCCGGUCUGAUCUACGGGAAUGUGUUCAUUAGUACUGAUCACGUUCCUCUGGCUAGCGAAUACUGAUUUGUUUGGAGUUGUGGGGCUUGAAAUUCGUGUUUUUCUGAAUAAAAAGGAGGAAAGCCAUAUUUCUUUUGAUUUUCCUUCUUCUUUUCUCCUUUUUCGUACGCUGUCUCGGUUCUGUUUUGUUUCUAUUUUGUAAAGACGGUUUUGAUCCAUUUUUCUUUUCCCUCGA